AACCAUAAAAUGUUUUGCCUCCAAAAUUGUCAUCAACGCACAACAACUUUGUACAAUCCAACAAUUAUGGUAAAAUUCCAUUGAUGAUUGUUUCUUUACUCUCCCAUAUGGCGGGAUGAGGCUUCUUUUAAUCCGACACGGCGAGACCGUCGAUAAUGUUGCCAACGUAUAUGCCGGCGUCACAGACUCUGCACUAACGAAUCAUGGCGUAUUGCAAGCCAAUCGACUUGGCACCUAUCUCGCAGCUUCGAAAGUUUCCCGCAUAUUCUCUUCCGAUCUUCAGCGAGCUAUCAAGACAGCAGAAGCUAUUCGUGUUGCUCAGGACAAUAACUCUUCUUUCGAGGUGACAAAGCUUGAGCUCCUUCGAGAGCAAGACUUUGGUCACUAUGAAAAGAAAGCAUUUCAUGAACGUUCCAAAGAUUCAAACAAAAUUGGCAAGGGUGUUCAUUCUGAGGCACAACGAAUGGAUUCAGGGUUCAAAGAUGUGGAGUCGAAGGAAUCGAUGAAGAGGCGGAUGGAAACAUUCGUCAAUGAGCAUCUGAUCCACCUUCUCUACAUCGAUGAAGACAAUCUGAAUGAUUAUAUCAUUGCCAUCGUGGCCCAUGGUAUCAUUUUGAAUCAUCUCUGGCGAGCCAUCUUAAGAAGAUUCAAUCCAAAGAAUGUCUCAAUUGGUCCUGAUGUUCCACGUCCCGAACGUGGUCUGGAAUAUCUUGGUGGUUGGUCCAAUACGGGCUACUUGGAUCUGGAUAUCAAACCUAUACAAGAAGUGUCACCCUCUAAAGUUGGUUCGGUGCCUUCAGUAUUGGAUAAUCAAUCGAAUGUUCAAGACGCAUCGAAGCUUCCAAGUCAUGCUGUUGACAGGGUCGAGGCUACCAUGUCACUAACAAUAAAAUCUGUUAAUAAUAUAGAUCACCUCAAAGGGCUCAAGAAAACCCGAGGUGGACUGGGAAGCUUAAAACAUGAUUCCACUCAAAGAACCAUGGAUUCAUUCUUCAAAAAAAGGAAGCUUGGAUGACACAAUUUUGAUUUUGUACUCCAACAGGCAAAUUGCCUUCCACAGCGUAUGUUGAUUUCGUUUUUUGCCUCUCAAACUCCCCGUGUUCCAAUUUAGUUCUCCAAUAUUAUUAUACUUUAAAAGAUCAUAUGCUACCUCGCUAUGUUGCGAUUUCGUGAAUGCUGCUCAACCACCGUGAAUGCCUCCUUCAAUUGCACAUUGAUAAUAUGCAUCUUCCUUCCAUUACCCAUCCUACUAAUCAAAUGUACUGCAUCUACAUCUUAUGAUCCUCGCCUAUUCCUGUUGGCCCCUGUAAAAGUGGCAAAAUAGGCAAAAUAAGCGUCUCACCACCAACAACAGUCGUACGAUUUCUAAGCGAAAUAGUAUGAUGUCGUACGAUGGGACUCCUUCAUGAAUUUUUACUAGCGAAUGGGGUUGGAAGAUGUUUAGUAGUACGGGUGAUGAAGGAGAAUUCAAGGGAUUUGUUGCAUGUCUGAAUUUGGGCCCGAGUUUGUGCGGUGUAUGGUAUUGGAUGGGAGGCAAAGUGUGGGGGGGAAGAGCGAGGAACUGGGUGUGGAAAAGAUUUUGUUGCAUGUCUGAAUCUGAACCCGAG